AUGAAACACUUUAAUCAGGAUGCAUUCCUGGCUGAUUUAGGGACAACCCCUUGGAGCACCGCUUUUAUCUUUGACGACAUUGAUGAUGUCUGGGCCCACUGGUCUACAUUAUUUAAUGUCAUAGUAGAGAAUCACGCACCUGUUAUUAAAAAGAGAGUCCGGUCUAAUCAGCUUCCUGGAUCAAUGUAGAGAUAAAGAAAGCUAUGCGUUUGAGAAACAAGCUGUACAAAAAAUAUCGUCGCCAUCCUACUGAAGACACGUGGGAGCACUAUAGGGUACAAAGGAACUUAGUUACUAAACUGAAACGAGUCGCAAUUAAACGUUGCUGA